GCAUCCCUCGACAGCGACAAAAUAACGCUGGAAGUUAACUAGAAGUUACGACGCAAUGGCCGAACAAAAAACAGCACCCACUAACCCCAUGAAGGAGCUGAAGAUUGACAAGCUCGUCAUCAACAUUUGUGUUGGCGAGUCUGGUGAUCGCCUUACCCGUGCAUCCAAAGUCCUCGAACAGCUCACUGGUCAAACACCCGUUACCUCGAAAGCUCGCUACACCGUCCGCACAUUCGGUAUCCGUCGUAACGAGAAGAUUGCUGUCCACGUCACUAUCCGUGGGCCUAAGGCAGAGGAGAUUCUUGAGCGUGGUCUCAAAGUGAAAGAGUAUGAGUUACGUCGAAAGAACUUCUCGGAGACCGGUAACUUCGGUUUCGGUGUCCAGGAGCACAUCGACCUUGGUGCGAGAUACGAUCCUGGAAUCGGUAUCUUCGGAAUGGACUUCUAUGUCGUGAUGGGUCGCCCUGGUGCCCGUGUUGCCAGAAGAAAAGAGAGACGGGCACGUAUUGGGUUCCAGCACCGAGUGAGGAGGGAUGACACCAUGGCUUGGUUCAAGCAGCGGUUCGACGGUAUUAUUUUGGUGUGUCCUUUUCCUCCCCACUUCAUGGUGGUUUUAUUCAUGCCGCCACUUAGAAAUGAUCAUUGUCGUCACUCUACUCCAUUUCCUGAGCGGCAGGCAUCAGGGAUAGUCUACAUAUGCUUUUCAUGCUGUCGAGGGGGGUUCAACUCGAGGUGAACUACACUUGCUACGAAAAUGACCGAACCCGUUCCAACUCUACAAUCGGAAUUGAAUCGAGUUACAUAUGACUUAUGCCAUGCAUUUGAACCUGCCAAGUCGUAUUCAGUCGUUCAAUGGGCCGCAUCCGAAAGAUUUAUUGAAGCCAUUCAGCGGUUCUAGCAAUAUUUGAAUCAUCAUCGUUGGCGUAUAGUUGGCAAUCCGGAACAUCAACCUUGAUUAGUUCAAUUACUAACAAAUAGUAACAAUGUUAGCAAGAAACCGGAAUCAUCCCAAGCGUGUAGAGAACGACUUCGUCGCUACUCUCGGAUUCUGAAGGGCAACCAAGAAGAUAACACACUGUGACGCUCCGUGCUGGUUCAUUAUAAGUUGAAGAGUCAUUACUCUGGUGAAUUCAGGCGCUGGCGGGAAAUAGUGAGGGAUUACCAGACCUCCGUCCGUAUCUCCAGGUUGCUAAUAAUAAAUAUUCACAUCGCGUUGGGG